UUUCAUAGAGAUUUGAUUAUUUAUUAAUUUCAUUGCUUCAUUGUUUUUUGGCUUUUCUUAUUAUUAUAUUCCCAAACACAAAGAAAAUAUGACUAUCCUCAUUGAGCAACCAGAGCUAUCAACAAUGGCAGAUGAGGAAAUGAGAAAUGAGUUGGUCUUAGAUGGUGGAUUUCCGUUGCCUAAGCCCCUCUCAGAAGAUGGAUUCAAAGCCCCUCAAAUCAACUCUUAUGGCCGCUCUUUUAGAAACUAUCAUGGUGAAAGCGCAAGGCAAAAGUCUGUGGAGGAAUUCUACAAAUUACAACACACCAACCAAACUUAUGAAUUUGCCAAGAAGAUGAGAGCAGAGUAUGGGAAGUUGAAUAAGGCGGAAAUGGGCAUAUGGGAGUGUUGUGAACUUCUUGAAGGAAUCGUUGAUGCAAGUGAUCCUGAUUUAGAAGAAUCUCAAAUUCAACAUGCUUUUCAAUCUGCUGAAGCUGCUAGAAAAGACUAUCCAAAUGAAGAUUGGCUGCAUUUGACUGCUCUUAUUCAUGAUCUUGGAAAGGUUCUUCUCCUUCCAAAUUUUGGUGGACUUCCUCAAUGGGCUGUAGUUGGAGAUUCAUUUCCUCUUGGCUGUGCUUUUGAUGAAGCAAACACUCACCACAAGUAUUUUAAGAACAACCCAGAUAACAGCAACCCUGCUUAUAACACUAAAAAUGGGAUUUAUACCGAAGGAUGUGGAUUAGACAAUGUUAUCAUGUCUUGGGGACAUGAUGAAUACAUGUAUUUGGUUGCUAAGGGAAAUAGCAACAACUUACCUCCUGUGGCAUUGUUCAUUAUCCGCUAUCACUCCUUUCAUCCUUUAUUCCAAACUGGGGCAUAUAAACACUUGUACCGUGAAGAGGAUGUUGAAAAUUUGAAGUGGCUUGACAUAUUCCACAAAUAUGAUCUGUACAGCAAGAGCAAUGUUUUAAUCGAUGUUGAAAAAGUUAAGCCAUACUACUUAUCUCUUAUUGAGAAGUAUUUCCCAUCAAAGCUCAAGUGGUAAUUAAGUGGAGUCUGGGACUGAUCAUGCAUAUAAUUAUUGUUUACUUUUCUUGUCUUGUCUUUAAUUAAGUUUUAAUAAUGUUAGAAAUUAUGAGUGCAAUAUUUGUUUAUUUCUUUAAGAGUUAAGCCUUCAUACAUUGUAAUAAAAUGCAGUACCACACUUAUUAUGAGUUGUUGCAGUACAGUGUGUAAUAUAUAUAAUCAAUAAAGUGUUUUCAUUCGGUUUGUGU